AUGUCGAAGUCCAGAGACGUGCUUGUGUUUUCACCGCCUCACAAAAAAGAAAUAAAGUGCUCACCAUCCGAGUUCCUCCUGCUGAAACCUUUCUCGAGAGCUCCAGCUCUCCAGAUAGAACUCUCGGAGCCGGGGUUGUCGAAGGCCACUCUCCUAUCACUCCAGAACAUAGAUGAUAACCCGUCGCGGAUAUACUUCGAGAUUCCUGCCGGUAAACCCCUGCAGAUCAAACCGGAAACCAUCGUCAUCCAGCCUCAGAGCGUCGAGUUGUUCGAGAUCACGGCUUUCGAGGCCAAAGAAUCCUUCCGGGCAACAAUUAAAGUCUUCGCACCAGACAUCAAAUUCUAUCGAGGAGGCCAAGUCAACGUCACAGUGUCCGUGAAGCAGCCGGUGAAGCCUGUCAAGAAAGCGAGACCGAGGGCUGUCGUGUCGAACGUGAAGACGAAAGCGGUCACGGUUCCAAAGGAAUUUCAAUUCCAACCGAGUCGAGAACAGCGUAAGAACGGCCCCCCCGCAGCCAAUCAGAAAACUGAGGAAGUUUUUAAAACCCCAUCGGUUCUCGCCCCGAUCAAUCAGACCUUCAACUUAGAAGACCUCAGAAGACAAACGCAUCUUAUCAAGAGAGCGAUUGACGUCAAUCAGACGUACCUCAUACCUCCAACUAAAUGCGACUCGGAUCUCAAAGACCCGGUGUCUUUCGUGAAGCGGGUCAUCGAACUGGAUCGGCAGGAUGUCAGCUGCGCUAUUUUCAAGUAUCUGGAUUUCGCCAAAGAUCAGGGACUUCAGAUGAAGAAUGUCUCUGAGUAUCAACGUCAAGUGAUGAACAACAUCCUUAUAAAUUCGCAAAGCAUGAUCCUUAAUGGGGGUAUCAGCGCGGUACUAGAAGAGCUGUCCCAGAUUCCGACUCUGCCGGAGGCUGAGACCGGGAAUCUGCCGGAAAGCAUACAUGCGACGAAAGUCAUUGCCAACAAGGUAUUGGAGAAUACCAAGAGACAGACCUUGCAGAAGUCGAGACGAUCAUCCCAGAGAGCCACAUCGUCCCCGAAACGCGAGAGCUGCGACCGACUCCAGACACCCGAGAGACUCUCCGGAAUAUCGAACAUGACCGUCCGCGAGAUGGUCUCAAACUUCCUUCCCGAUCAGAAUGUCAGCGCGUUGGAAUCGAUGACUGUCGAAUCUCCGGACGUGAGCGCCAUCUUCCCUCUCGAGAGCAACGCUCCAUGA